GCCCGGACUGCGGCUGCAGCCGUGUCAAACAACCUCCAACUGAUUACAGCUUACAAGGGAAAGAUGGCGACCCGAGUCCUUCAAAGAGUCGGCAAAGGCCUGAAACAGACGAAUAAUGGUCUCCAGGCGAACGGGCAGGUCACGGUUGUCGUAAGGAGCCUCUCAGCUUUCCGUGAAGACAGCUGGUUCAAGUCCCUGUUUGUUAGAAAGGUCGACCCCAGAAAGGACGCUCACUCUCAUCUGCUCGCCAAGAAGGAAGACAACAACCUGUACAAAAUACAGUUUCACAAUGUCAAGCCUGAGUGCCUUGAUGCUUACAAUGACCUUUGUGCGGACGUCUUGCCUUCCAUUCAUGCUAACCCUGAAUACACUUGUGAGCUUGUGGGCACAUGGAACACCUGGUACGGAGAGCAGGAUCAGGCAGUUCACCUGUGGAGAUAUCGGGGAGGAUACCCGGCUCUCACCGAAGUCAUGAACAAACUCAGGCAGAAUAAGGAGUUUAUGGACUACAGGAAAGAGAGGGGAAAGAUGCUGCUGUCUCGUAGGAACCAGCUGCUGCUGGAGUUCAGCUUCUGGAACGAACCCGUCCCUCGUCCAGGACCCAACAUCUACGAGCUCCGAUCAUACCAACUCAGGCCAGGGACGAUGAUCGAGUGGGGAAAUUACUGGGCACGUGCGAUCGAGUUUCGUCAGGAGAACCACGAGGCAGUGGGAGGCUUUUUCUCACAGAUCGGAAGUCUGUACACAGUUCACCACUUAUGGGCCUACAAAGACCUUCAGUCCAGAGAAGACACCAGAAAUGCAGCCUGGCGGCGUGAGGGUUGGGAUGAGGUUGUUUAUUACACAGUCCCUCUCAUUCAGCACAUGGAAUCUAGAAUAAUGAUUCCCAUGAAGAAUUCGCCCUUGAAGUAACCACAAACAGCGGGGGAGCCUCUCAACAGCCACUGCAAUUGUCGCACUGACCUGUGGAGAGUGUGACCAACCAUCGGAGUGUGCACUGCCAGGGAAAUCUGCAUAACAUCAACAUGCUGUUUCAGUUUUUGUUUUUCUUUGUCGUUUCUUUACUCCCCGUUUCUGUGUGGGCCUAGAAUGUCUUAUUUCGGGUGAUGGAACAAAAUCACCAAAACUGCAUCUGUUACAGCGGUUAAUGUGUUACUGAUUCAUUAAUGUGCUUUGUGUAGACAAAAUAUAAUUUGACAUGCCCCUCCUCU